CACUCAGCACAAGCCAAGUAACAUGCCGCAUUACACCAAGCAUCUGUUGGCCAUAGUCUCACUGGUGAUUCUGCAGCAGGUGGACUGCCAGGAUGCAGCUAAGAACUACUGCCAGCCAGGCCUGUGCCCCUCUCUGAGGCGGCAUAUUGGCUGCAAGAACAAUGGCGAGCUGUCCAAGACCUGUCCACCGACAGCCAAGCUUCUGAAUAUUACCGAGUACCAGGCCAUCAUUCUCAACCAGCACAACCAGGCACGCAAUUUGCUAGCCUCCGGCAAGCUGGAGGGCCUGAGAGGUCCCGAGAAAAUGGCCACGAUGCAGUGGAACGAGGAACUGGAGCUGCUAGCAACGUUGAAUGUUAAGCAGUGUGCGAAGCACUACGAUGCGUGCCACAACACUCUGGAGUUCCGCAAUUCCGGCCAAAACGUGGCCCUGGCUGUCAUCAACAGAACCGAUAUCAGCAAUGAGCAGCUGGUCAACUCAACCAUCGAUAGCUGGUGGGAUCAGUACAAGAACAUCACACAGCAGCGAGUGGACUACUUUCCCAAGGAAUCCAAGCUUAGCGACCCCGUGCGUAACUUUGCGGUGAUGGCGCGCGACAACAACACACACGUGGGUUGCGCGGCCAUCAGAUUCAGCAAGGGACCUGUGGAUAACUUCCUAAUGACCUGUAACUACGCCAGCAAUUUCAUGCCCGAGCAUGCCAUUUAUAGGGUGAAGAGCCUCAACUGCCAAGGCGGCUAUGACAGAGUCUAUCCGGCUCUGUGCAAGGCGGGCGAGCUCUACCGGGAGGUCGAGACAGUGGAGCCCAACAUGUGGGGAAAUAAGUAAUAUUCAUAUCAGCCAAUUAUGGUAUAUUUAUAUGCAUACAGUCCAGCCAGCUAUAGAGUGCCGGCACAAUAAACUCAACGUAAAACGUUUUAGCUCAA